ACCGAAGGCCGGAACAAACUACCCUCCGGCCACCCUUUUAAGCUAUUCCGGAUCUCUUCUGCCCAGGCAGUUUCAAUGAAUCCCACUCCACCACCACGUGACUUCGGUAUCUCCUCGCCUAUAACCGUAAUCCUGACAGUAAUCCUCCUUGUUUUCUUUUUUCUAGGCUUCUUCUCUGUAUACUUCUGCAGGUGUUUCGUUGACAGCAUGUCUACCUCCCGACGAUCACCCUCCCGCAAUGUUGGCUCAGGCGCCGAUGUAUCUGACAUCAGUGGCCUUAAUCCUUCUCUGAUAGCUUCCUUCCCGACAUUUAUAUAUUCGAGUGUCAAAGAUUUUCGCAAGGAAAAAUACGGUCUGGAAUGUGCAAUAUGCUUGGUGGAGUUCGAGGACGAUAGUCUGCUUCGCCUUUUGACGGUUUGCUACCAUGUUUUUCAUCAAGAAUGCAUCGACCUUUGGCUUGAAUCUCACAAAACAUGCCCGGUUUGUCGUGGGAACCUUGAUUUGCCUCCUGAGUCUUCGGAAAAGUCUCCGGCGAUUGUAGAUCAUAACGCCAUGCACGAUAUUCAUGGUAGCAAUGAGCCUUCAGAUGAUGCUGAACCUGUGCGCAUUGAUAUCCGAGAAGAUGAUGACAAUGAGAGCUCAGACAGUGGAGGAAGCCAUGAACAUUCAUCUAAGACACUGCAAAAUGAUCAUGAAGAUAAAAUGGUGGAAAGAUUUUCAAGGUCGCACACAACCGGGCAUUCUAUAGUUAAGAGAAGAGAAGAUGAGGAUAGGUAUAAGCUGAGAUUGCCAGAGCACGUAAAGGUAAGACUUAUAAGAGGGCAUAACUUCGCCAAAAGUUGUACAACAUUUGGGGAGUUCUCAAACCAUGAAGAGGCGGGCAAUGGAGGUUUUGGGGAGGUCAUGUGUGGUUGUUCCGGGGGAAAUAUCAACAAGGUUUAA